UGGAGACGGAUUACGACACGGAGGAGCGGAGAUAUAUAACGAGCCCUUUUAGGAGGUACUUGCACACUUUUCAAUGACACAUCUUAACAUUCGCACCUAUGGACUUAAUUGUUAUCAGAUAAGGCAACCAAAACAACUAUAGCAUGAAAACGGGUUAUGCGUCAAAUCGAUAGAUAGGCUUAAGUACAGAGAAUACCCACUAGGACGCACCUUCCUAGGUUUAUUGCUGUCCUACAAUAAAAUCGUUUUAAGAGGCGACUCUAUUGGAGUAGUUGCAUAUCAUUGGUACCUUUGCAAGGUAAGGAAACAGGUUGUGACAAGCAACAUUUCACAGGGUAGAGAAAGGGAUACCGCGAGCAGAAAGUUAUAUAGCCUGACAAGUCAUCAUCAUGCCGAGGUAUAACUUUUUGCUGUGUUUGAUGGUUUAUAUUUGUCUGGGACUGUCUGGGAGUGACGAGCCUAAUCUUUUUUUGCCACCAACGAGCGAGACUCCCACGGACGACGGGCUUUCGCUCCUCGAUGAAGAAGCGGGCGCUCAUGGAUGUUCCGCAUGCGUUUGGCGAGAGCAAAGUAAAGUCCUGAGGCUGGAGACCAUCAAGUCUCAGAUCCUUAGCAAGCUGCGGCUCAAGCAGGCUCCUAACAUUAGUAGGGAGGUAGUGAACCAGCUGCUCCCCAAGGCACCCCCACUCCAGCAGCUUCUGGACCAUCACGAUUUCCAGGGAGACGCGUCCUUUCAGGAUGAGUUUAUGGAGGAGGACGAAUAUCACGCCACUACGGAGUCCGUCAUCACUAUGGCCUCCGAGCCGGAGCCCUUGGUGCAGGUGGAUGGCAAGCCUAACUGCUGCUUCUUCAAGUUCAGCCCCAAGCUCAUGUUCACCAAGGUUCUGAAGGCUCAGCUGUGGGUGUACCUACGGCCGCUACAGCAGACCUCCACCAUCUACCUGCAGAUCCUCAGGCUGAAGCCCGUCACGGAGCAGGGCAGCCGCCACAUCCGGAUCCGCUCGCUGAAGAUCGAGCUCAACUCCCGCGUGGGCCACUGGCAGAGCAUCGACUUCAAAAACGUGCUGCAGAACUGGUUCAAGCAGCCGCACACCAACUGGGGGAUCGACAUCAACGCCUUCGAUGAGAGCGGCAACGACCUAGCAGUGACCUCGCUAAGACCGGGGGAGGAAGGGCUGCAGCCGUUCCUGGAGGUUAAGGUUCUCGAGACGACCAAACGUUCCCGACGUAACCUGGGACUGGAUUGCGACGAGCACUCCACUGAAUCCCGCUGCUGCCGCUACCCGCUAACGGUGGACUUUGAGGCUUUCGGCUGGGACUGGAUCAUCGCUCCCAAGCGCUACAAGGCCAACUACUGUUCGGGCCAGUGCGAAUACAUGUUCAUGCAGAAGUAUCCACACACCCACCUGGUACAACACGCCAACCCCAGAGGCUCAGCAGGGCCCUGCUGUACCCCCACUAAGAUGUCGCCCAUCAACAUGCUCUACUUUAACGACAAGCAGCAGAUCAUCCACGGCAAGAUCCCUGGCAUGGUGGUGGACAGGUGUGGCUGCUCUUAGAUCCAACAGAAGUCAUGCAUAAUCGUGCACGCCUAACUCCACAUCAUUUCCACCCAAAACCCUGACUAAGCGCUCCUCUGGCACCAGACUUUAUCCCCCUUCUCACUCCGCCACAAAAAAAUCCCAUGGGACCUCCAUUCUCUUAGUUAUUCAUUUUAGUCAAACGUAAAAAUGAAAUAUGAAAUGAAGAUAGGACUGAGGCUGAGUGGUAGAAAUAUAUAUUGAAUAUUAUAAAGGGGAUGUGUCUGUGGAGCAGCUUGAGAAACUUAUGGUAAAUAAGACAAAACUAUGUUUUAGGUGUUUGUUCGUUUUGUGGUUGGUUUUCUUCAAAAAAAAGUUUGAAAGAAAAUGUCUAUCAGGUUUUUUGAAAAGAUGGUGUCUUUGUUGAAAUGUCCUGGAUAGUGGAUCCAGGCUGAUGGAGGGAGACAUUCCUAAGCAGUUACAGUAUAUUAUCAUUUUCCCACAUCUUUACUUCCAAGCAAAUUCAGUUCUGAGGUGAGGGGCCAAACUGUUUUAUCUGUGUAAAAAAUGCUUUAUUCACAUAUUAUACUCCUAUCAAUGGGAUUUGUUUCACAACCAAUACAUUUAUAGACAGUGCCAAUAGAGGGGGACUUUGUCUACUAAUUACCAGUGCUAUUGUGCAAUGCUUCAUUUUUAGCAUCUUUAUGUCAUUACAAAACAAAUCUCCCUUAUUUGUCUACUUUUAGACUUAAAAGUUUAUGAAAUUAAUCCAACAUUUUAUGAAAAUAAUGUUCUAAAGGUUUAAAGUGUUGAGAUCCAAAGCCAAACUCUGUGCCCUCUGAACCCGUUCACAGUUAUUUUGAGAAAAAUAAGAAAAUAAAUGAGUUAUUUCACUACCUUUAAAGGGGCAGUGUAGUCAAAAACGUGAUUUCCCUAUGUUUUAUAUUAUUACCACACUGAGGGUG